CGCUCUCAAGCAGUGCACGCACGCGCAAAAGCUCCAAAUUACAUACAUAUAUUAAACGCGUUGAAAGUGAUUACUUUUUUUCGAUUAUAAUCACUUGUGCUAAUUUCGUUCUGUGAAAAUGAAAGUGUUCGCCAUUUUUGCUACCACAUCCCUACUCAUUGUCAGCUGCGCUUGGGCCGCGCCAAGCGUACAAGAUAAUCGUGUCGAGGGGGAUAAUGGUGGCGGUACACUGGGUCUGGCCGCCCGUUACCUUGGCAGCUGUUUUGAGGCUGAGGAUAUGACCACCUGCUUGGCGGUUAAGGGUAUUACCGCAUUGAAUCGCGCCGCUAGGAGCAACAACAUCGAACUUGUCAAUGGAAUAUCACUCAAGAGAGAUUCCACCUCUGCUCUGGCACGCAGCGGCAAAGCUUUGAAUGAAAAUGAAAUCUACGCCCAACUUCCCGAAAAUGCCGAUGAACGUAGCGGACGUUUGGUAGAAAUCGCUAUGGAAAAUGUUGCCGAAUUCCUUGGCUCCCACAGUCUGGAAGUAAAGUUGCCCGCCGAAGCCACACAAGACAUGGCACGUGCACUUGAUGAAGGACGCGGCAAAUUGAAGAAAAUGCUGGGUCCCAUUGCACUCGCUAUUGGCGCUAAACUCUUUGCCGUUCUCCCUCUCGUACUCGGCGCUUUGGCUCUAUUCACCUUCAAAGCUGUAAUUGUGGCCAAGAUUGCUUUGGUCUUGGCUCUGAUUGUGAGCGGUUCACGUUUUUUCGGUGGUUUGGGCAGUAAAUUCGGCGGUGCUUUUGGCGGUGGCUACAAUGCUGGCUGGUCUGGUGCCAGCAAUGCCGGUUGGUCGUCGGCUCCGUCAUCAUCCUAUCCAUAUGCACGCAGCUUGGAUGCUCAACAAUUGGCUUAUAGCGAACAAGCGCCUGCUUUGGCUGAUGAGGAGGAGCAUUAAUUGGAAAGUAUUUUGCUAUCGCUUAAACGGGGGUCUUUACUGUUGCAUGGGAAAUGCUAAAUAUGUGCCUUCAUUAAAAUUUAAUUUAUAUUUUUUAUUUUAAUGUGUACUAUAUAGUU